AUGUCCAAGCAAUUUUUUCCAAAUUUAAGUCAAAAUUAUAUAGGGAUUUUGGAAGAUGAUGAAUAUUAUGAUAUAACUAUUGAAGUUGGAGAGGAUCCAAACGUAAAAAUAUUUCGUGCACACAUGAUUAUCCUGUGUUACCGUUCUCCAUUUUUACGUCGAACUUUGUCUUCUAACAAAAAAAAUGAUAAUAGUGUCUUGGCUCACAUUAAAUUCUCAAAUAUUUCACCAGAAAUUUUUCAAAUCAUUUUAAGAUAUAUUUAUGGUGGUAUCAUUUCUUUAAAUGAACAAGAACCUUCUGAAAUUUUAAAAGUUUUGGUUGCUGCUGAUCAACUAUUUCUUAAAGAACUAAUUGAUUAUUUGCAAAAAUAUUUGAUUGAAAAUAAAUCUGAGUGGAUGGAACAAUAUUUUGAACAUAUUUACCGAACAAGUUCACAAUCUAAUUCUUUAUUAGAACUCCAACAAUAUUGUAUAGAUUUUAUGGCUAAAUCUCCUGAAAAAAUAUUUAAAUCACUUGAUUUUACCUCUCUUUCUGAAAAGUCUUUGGUUUCGCUCAUUAAAAGAGAUGAUUUACAAAUAAAGGAAGUUGAAGUUUGGGAACAUGUAUUAAAAUGGGGACUUGGAAAAAAUCCUACGCUUCUUCCAGAUCCUACAAUUUGGUCAGAUGAUGAUUUCAAAACGAUGGAAAAUACUUUGCAACAUUGUUUACCUCUAGUAAGAUUUUUUAGUCUUUCAUCUGAUGAUUUUUUUCAAAAAGUUCGACCUUAUAAAAAACUUUUAGGGCAUCAAACUUACGAAGAGUUAUUGGAAUCGUAUUUAAAUCCCGAUAGUGAACCAAAUGAUAAUAUUUUACUUUCUAGAUAUAGAAACAUUGGUGGAAUUAUUGAUUCAAAAAUUGUUAAUUUAAAUAUUGUAUCUUUAAUUUCAAGAUGGAUUGAUAAUGAUAUUGGAAGUAAAUUUGCUCACACAAGAGAGUUAUAUUUACCAUACGAAUUUAAAUUAUUAUUAAGAGGAAGCCGAGAUGGAUUUACUCCUAAAAAGUUUCAUGAAUUAUGUGAUGGUAUACCUCAUACUGUAACAUUUAUUAAAAUAGGAAGAACAGAAGAAAUUAUUGGAGGAUAUAAUCCUUUAGAAUGGAAAUCAUCUGGUGGAUAUUGUAAAACCAAAGAUAGUUUCAUAUUUUCUUUUAAAAAUAAGGUUAAUUUUAAAGAUUUAAUUUUAAGCCGUGUAGAUGAUGCAAGUAGUGCAUUGUUUUAUAAAGAUAUGUAUGGGCCCACAUUUAGUAAUGACAUUUGUUUGUAUGUGAAAAGGAAGAAUGAUGGUUCAAAAGAUUAUGAGUUUUGUCGAUGUAAACAAUCAAGUUAUAAAGAAAAGUUAAGAAACACAGAAGAUUACUUUUCAAUAGAAGAUUAUGAAGUAUUUCAAAUUAAAAAGAAAGAUGAUAAUAUUUAA